AUGCACACUGGAGAGAAACCUUAUGAAUGUAACCAGUGUGGAAAGACUUUUAGAAGGAAGGGAGCUUUUAAUGAACAUCAGAGAAUCCACACUGGAGAAAAACCAUAUGAAUGUAACCAGUGUGGAAAGGCUUUUAGAAGCAAAAAAGGUUUUACUGGACAUCAGAUAAUGCACACUGGAGAGAAACCUUAUGAAUGUAACCAGUGUGGAAAGGCUUUUAGAAGCAAGAGCAAUCUUAUUGUACAUCAGAAAAUCCACGUUGAAGAGAAGCCUUAUGAAUGUGACCAGUGUGGAAAGGCUUUUAGAAGGAAGAGCCAGCUUAUUGCACAUGAGAGAAUCCACACUGGAGAGAAACCUUAUGAAUGUAACCAGUGUGGAAAGGCUUUUAGAAGGAAGAGUGAUCUUAUUGUACAUCAGAGAAUCCACACUGGAGAGAAGCCUUAUGAAUGUAACCAGUGUGGAAAGGCUUUUAGAGGGAAGAGUGAUCUUAUUAUACAUCAGAGAAUCCACACUGGAGAAAAACCAUAUGAAUGUAACCAGUGUGGAAAGGCUUUUAGAAGCAAGCAAGGUUUUACUGGACAUCAGAUCAUGCACACUGGAGAGAAACCUUAUGAAUGUAACCAUUGUGGAAAGGCUUUUCGAAGGAAAAACAAUUUUAUUGUACAUCAGAAAAUCCACACUGGAAAGAAGCCUUAUGAAUGUAACCAGUGUGGAAAGGCUUUUAGAAGGAAGAACGAUCUUAUUGUACAUCAGAUAACACACACUGUAGAGAAACCUUAUGAAUGUAACCAGUGUAGAAAGGCUUUUAGAAGGAAGAGCGAGCUUAUUGUACAUGAGAGAAUCCACACUGGAGAGAAACCUUAUCAAUGUAACCAGUGUGGAAAGGCUUUUCAAAGGAAGAGCAAUUUUAUUGUACAUCAGAAAAUCCACAAUGGAGAAAAACCAUAUGAAUGUCACCAGUGUGGAAGGGCUUUUAGAGAAAAGGGAACUCUUAAUAAACAUCAUAGAAUCCACAUUGAAGAGAAACCAUAUGAAUGUAACCAGUGUGGAAAUGAUUUUAGAGAAAAGGGAGCUCUUAAUAGACAUCAGCGAAUCCACACUGGAGAGAAGCCUUAUGAAUGUAAUCAGUGUGGAAAGCCUUUUAGACAUAAAUCCAGUCUUACUCAUCAUGAGCGUACACACACACUUUAG